AGAUGAGCAUUUUGAAUCCCAAAGAAUUGCCUUUGGUAGGUACACUCAGUACUCUUACCUCUUUUACCUUAUAUAUACGGAUUCUCCAUAAUGCAAAUCUCUCAAGCAAUCCAAUGUACCUGGACACCAAGGACCUUUAAACCCUAUAUUCUCCACACUUUCUCCAGCAGAAUUACAAGAAAAUACCCUUUUCCAAAGGCAACUAUGUCCACAGUUUCAACCAAGAAAGAAGGUGUUUCUACUCAAGAUGAGUCAACACAGAUAGUUCCUAAGCCUUUGCAGGUUGCCAAGCGGCUAGAGAAGUUCAAAACUACAAUUUUCACCCAAAUGAGUAGUCUAGCCAUCAAGCAUGGAGCUAUAAACCUGGGCCAGGGCUUCCCCAACUUUGACGGCCCUGAUUUUGUAAAAGAAGCAGCAAUACAAUCCAUUAAGGAAGGUAAAAAUCAGUAUGCUCGAGGAUAUGGAGUCCCAGACCUCAACUCUGCUGUGGCUGCUAGAUUCAAGAAAGACAGUGGGCUUGAUGUUGAUCCUGAAAAGGAAGUUACUGUGACUUCGGGCUGUACUGAAGCAAUUGCUGCAACCAUGUUGGGCUUGAUAAAUCCUGGUGAUGAGGUUAUCCUUUUUGCUCCUUUCUAUGAUUCUUAUGAGGCUACUUUAUCUAUGGCUGGAGCAAAGGUAAAGGGUGUUACUUUAAGACCGCCAAAUUUUUCUCUUCCAAUUGAUGAGCUAAAAUCAGCAGUAUCAAAGAAUACUCGAGCAAUCCUUCUAAACACUCCACAUAACCCCACUGGAAAGAUGUUCACUCGAGAAGAACUCAAUGCUAUUGCCUCUCUGUGCAUUGAGAAUGAUGUUCUAGUUUUUGCUGACGAAGUUUAUGACAAAUUAGCCUUUGAAAUGGAACACAUUUCAAUUGCUUCUCUUCCAGGGAUGUAUGAACGAACUGUAACCAUGAAUUCUUUGGGAAAGACAUUUUCGCUAACAGGCUGGAAAAUAGGUUGGGCAAUAGCUCCUCCUCAUUUGACAUGGGGAGUAAGACAGGCACAUUCCUACCUCACCUUUGCAACAUCCACUCCAAUGCAAUAUGCAUCUGCGACGGCACUUAGAGCGCCAGAUUCUUAUUUUGAGGAGCUUAAGAGAGAUUACUCAGCCAAAAAGGCAAUAUUGGUGGAAGGAUUAAAGGCAGCUGGUUUCACAGUACACCCCUCGAGUGGAACGUACUUUGUGGUUGUUGAUCACACUCCUUUUGGGUUGGAAAAUGACAUUGCUUUCUGUGAGUACCUGAUCAAGGAAGUUGGUGUUGUAGCCAUUCCAACCAGCGUGUUCUAUCUAAAUCCGGAAGAAGGAAAGAAUCUUGUGAGGUUUACCUUCUGCAAAGAUGAAGAUACUCUUAGAAGUGCAGUGCAGAGGAUGAAGGAGAAGCUGUCAAAGAAGUGGGGAGCUAUAGAGACAUCAUGCAUUGAAUAACUUAUUGUUCUGGCAUGAAUUGUUUAUAACUGUGAUAUUACAUUGUUUGCUGAUAGAUAUUUUCUGACAGGUGAGGCUCAAUAAGAAUUUAGCAUGUUGUAAACCUAGGAAUGGGAAGCAGCUUCAGAAAUAUGUCCAUUCUUGAUAUUAUGAUACUCUCCCCACCCCCACCUGUUCAGCUCCACAAAAUCUUUGCAAGUUGAGGUUAUGCUUGAUUGCUUAAUUAUCUAUGAUAUAUGGGUACUUUUAUUU